AUGAACAACCACAGCAAUAUGGUGAACGAAUUUAUCCUUGUGGGCUUUGUCUUGCCCUGGUUCCAGGAGAUGCUUUUAUUUGUACUGCUGCUGGUUAUCUUCCUUUUGACUGUCACGGGGAACCUCCUCAUCAUCACGCUGGUAUGUGCCGACCAUCAGUUCCACACCCCUAUGUACUUCUUUCUCUGCAAUCUCUCCAUCCUGGAGAUCCUCUUCAUCCUUUGUGUCACACCAGAGAUGUUGCAGAACUUGCUAUCCCAUGGCAUAGUGAUCUCUUUCUGGGGCUGUGUUGCUCAGACCUACUUUUAUUUCUUCCUUGGCACCACUGAGCUAUUUCUCAUUGCUGCCAUGUCCUUUGACCGCUACACUGCCAUCUGCUACCCACUCCACUAUUCUAUGAUAAUGAGUGGAUGGCUCUGUGCCCUUCUCGUGCUGAGCAGCUGGGUGGGUGGGUCUCUCUUCCCCCUUUUCCCUCUUAUCCUGAUGAUCAGGUUGCCUUUCUGUGGACCUAACAAAAUAAACCAUUUCUUCUGUGACUAUGCUCCACUAGUUCAGCUAUCCUGCACAGACACGCGCCAGCUAUUGGCUGUGGAGUCUGCCUUCUGCUCUGUGGUGCUGUUCAGCUCUCUGACUGUCACUCUGGUUUCUUACACAUACAUCAUCAUCACCAUCCUCCGCAUCCCCUCGGCCACCGGAAGGCAGAAGGCUUUCUCCACCUGUGCCUCUCACAUCACCGUGGCUUCCAUCUUCUAUGGCAGCACCAUCUUCAUGUACUCCUUGCCCAGCCAAGAGCGCUCCCCUACAGUCCAGAAGGCAGUGGCCAUGCUAACAUCGGUGCUUACACCAUUGCUGAACCCUUUCAUUUAUACCCUGAAGAAUCAAAAGGUAAAGGAAGCCCUGCGGACAUCCCUGAGGAAGGGGAUAUUCAAACCCUAA